GAUUGUUAAGAGGGAAAGGGGAGGUGUCGUUUGGCUACAAUUUCGUCUGCGCUCGCUUUCGUGUUACAGAGGUUGAGGGUGGUUUUGGGAGAGGGGAUCAGGCUUUUGGAUUGGGUUCGAUUGAUCGAGGAAGGAUUUGCGUCUAUGUAUUUUGAGUUUCUUCUGCUUUCUUUAGCUAUUAUAAAUGGAUUGUUUGAGGGAAAAAGAGAUAGGUGUUUGGUUUUGGGUUGCUUCUCGAUUCGAUAGUGAGAGGGUAGAGCAACUAAAAUCUUGGUUGGGCUGUUUAAAUCGAUCGUGAAGAUAUGGACUUUGCUUUGUAUAUGAUUGAUUAUGGGUUUCCACGUUCUUGGGAAUUCUUGUAGUCUUCACAUGGAAACUUCUUGCAACAUCUUCCCAAAGAUACUUGGAAGCUUUGAACUAGAGGAAAGACAUCAACCAGUGUUCAAUCAAGAUUAAGAGUUUUUACUAAUGUCAUAGAACUCAGCGAACAACAGCAGCGCAGUAUGGAUUGAAUUUUCAAUUGCACAGUGUGAUGAGGCCUCUGCUGCUGCGACCUAUUAAGUUUUAAAUUUCAAGAACUCAAUUUUUGGAUUGCAGCUGCUCAGAAGCAUAAGGAGAACUGUUGACUGAGCCAAUCCUAUAUCUUGAGAAUAUUUCAAAAUCCAGCCUAUUGCUGCUGAAUGCGGGUUUGUACAAGGACAGUGAGGGGUUGAGAUUAAUUUGAGAUGGAUUCUGCAGCAGAAACUUUCCAGCAUCGGCCAAUGUCGUUCAAAUUAUGGCCUCCUUCUCAGGGCACGAGAAUUUCGCUUGUAGAAAGGAUGACCAAGAAUUUUUCCACUCCAUUGAUGAUUUCUCGAAAGUUUGGUCUACUCAGUAAACAAGAGGCUGAGGAGGAGGCCAGGAAAAUUGAAGCCUUAGCCUUUGCAGCUGCAGAGCAACAAUUCGAGAAGGAAGCAUAUGGUGAUGGAAGUUCUGCGGUGUAGGUAUAUGCCAGAGAUUCAAGUCAGCGUAUGAUGGAAGUUAUGAAAAGAGGGCCCAUAAAGGAAGAUGAUGAGAAAUCUAUCUCUGUUGUUGAAAGUGUCUUUGAUAUCUCUGGUGAUCGCAGAUCUUUUAUUAAUGCAGAAGAGGCUGAAGAGCUAUUCAAACCACUAAGGGAGCACGGAAACUCCUAUACUAAGAUAUGUCUGAGCAAUAGAAGCUUUGGUUUGGAUGCAGCUCAUGUUGCUGUACCAAUCCUAUCAUCCAUCAAACAUCAAUUGAAAGAAGUGGAUCUGUCAGAUUUUAUUGCUGGAAGGUCAGAGACAGAAGCUAUUGAAGUCAUGAAUCUGUUUUCUUCGGCCCUGGAAGGAUGUAUUUUGAGGUAUCUGAACCUUUCAGACAAUGCCAUGGGCGAGAAGGGUGUAAACGCAUUUGAGGCCCUCCUGAGAUCACAAAGUAAUUUGGAGGAACUUUAUUUGGUGAAUGAUGGCAUAUCAGAAGAAGCUGCAAGAGCAGUUUCUAAGUUCAUUCCAUCCAUGGAGAAGCUUAGGGUCCUUCAUUUCCAUAAUAAUAUGAUUGGAGAUGAAAGGGCAAUGGCCAUCUCUGUUAUAGUGAAGCGGUCACCCGUCUUGAAGGAUUUCCGUUGUUCAUCUACGAGGGUGGACUCUGAAGGUGGUGUAGCUUUAGCUGAAGCUCUUGGGACUUGCACACAUUUGAAGAAGGUUGAUUUGCGCGACAACAUGUUUGGCGUAGAAUCUGGCCUUGCUUUGAGUAAAGUCCUAUCUGCUUUUACAGGUCUUACUGAAAUUUACCUCAGUUAUCUUAACUUGGAAGAUGAAGGAACUGAAGCCAUUGCCAAUGCUCUCAAGGAUUCUGCACCUUUGCUUGAAGUUCUGGAACUGGCUGGAAAUGAUAUCACACUCACAUCAACUGCUGCUUUGGCUUCCUGUGUAGAAGCAAAACAAUUCCUUACCAGAUUAGUUCUGUCAGAGAAUGAGCUGAAAGAUGAAGGUGCAAUUUUGAUCAGCAAAGCAUUGGCAGAGGGUCAUGUUCAAUUAACUGAGGUUGAUUUGAGCUCUAAUCAAAUUAGAUGGGCUGGGGCAAGACUUUUGUCUCAGACUGUUGUGAACAAGCCUGGGUUCAAGUUGCUGAACAUAAAUGGUAACCUCAUAUCUGAAGGGAUUGAUGAGGUAGUGGAUAUGUUUAAGAAUUCCCCACAUCUGCUUGGGCCUUUGGAUGAGAAUGACCCUGAAGGUGAAGAAUUUGAAGAUGAGGAUGAGGAUGAAGGUGCUGAUAACGAGGAUGAAUUGGAAUCAAAGCUCAAGGGCCUUGAAAUAAAGCACGAGGAGUAGAAUCUCCGAGUCAUGCACUUUGCCACCUUUGCUUAGUUGAUUCAAAACUUGUUUUGAUGAGCUAUAUCAGCUCAUUUUACUGAUUUUAGUCAGUGUCGUAGAUCUAUUGUUGUAGAUUAGGCUUAGUCUUUGGAACAUUCAAGUUCAAGAGUCUAGUCAGCCGUAUGCUCUCUUUUCCUGUUACAUUUGUUGCUAGAACCAGUUUCCUGCUUAUGGAUGCAAAUGAGUUUGCUGAGUU